AUGUCAUUCACAUAUCCAGGAACUCUACACAAACUCAACACCGGCGCCGAUAUCCCGGCGCUGGGGUUUGGCACAUGGCAAGACAAGGAUGCACAGGAGGAUGCUGUCAACGAGGCCGUUAAAGCUGGCUAUCGACACAUCGAUACUGCGCGAGUCUAUGGCACCGAGCCAGGCGUCGCAGCUGGCAUCCGAAAGGCUGGUGUACCACGAAACGAGCUCUUCAUUGUGACAAAACUGUGGAACAACGCACACCACCCGGACGAUGUUGAAAAGCAACUCGAUGCUUCACUGAAAGACCUCAACACCGAUUAUGUCGAUCUCUACCUUAUGCACUGGCCUUCGCCGUUCGCACGAUCGGAUUCAUUGUUUCCGAAAGAGGGCGAUAAGACCAAGACAGGCGAUACCGAUUAUAUCGAUACUUGGCACGCAAUGGAGAAACUUCAAGAGAAGGGCAAGGCAAAGGCGAUAGGUGUCAGUAACUUCAGCAAAGGAGAAAUGGAACGUUUGAUCAGCAAAGCCAACAUCAAGCCAGCCGUCCACCAGAUGGAAAUGCACCCAUACCUUGUUCAGAAGUCGUUCGGAGACUGGCACAAGCAGCAGGGUAUUCACGUAACCCAUUACUCGCCAUUUGGUAACCAGAAUGAGAUCUACUCCAAAGGACAGCAGAUGGGCAAGCUCAUCGACGAUCCAGUACUCACCGAGAUCGGAAAGAAACACGGCAAGAACGGUGCUCAGGUUGCUUUAGCCUGGGGUAUCAGCAAAGGCCACUCCGUAAUUCCCAAGAGCAAAACUCCUGCGAGAAUAAAGGCCAAUUUCGAGGGAGAUUUCAAGCUUGAUGCUGAGGAUGUGGCUAAGAUCGAUGGUCUUGACAAGAAGAUCAGAUUCAAUGAUCCAUCGGGUAAUUUUGGAUGGAAUUUCUACUCGGAUCUGGAAGGCAAGCCAUAA